AAUUACUCUAUCCUUAUAAUAAUAAUCUCUUUGUUUCUUGAGUUCACAGUCGAGUAUUUCAAUAUAUACAUGGCUUCGAGUUCAAUGAGUUCACGAAGGUCAACAUGGACGGCCCAAGAGAAUAAGCUCUUCGAGAGGGCUUUGGCAUAUUACGAUACCGAAACACCCGACAGGUGGCACAACAUUGCUAGGGCUGUGGGCGGCGGAAAGACGGCGGAAGAGUGCAAGUCUCACUUCCAGAUUCUUCUAGAAGAUCUCUACCAAAUUGACUCCGGCCGUGUUCCCUUCCCUUACAUGAUCAGCUGCCUAGCUAUCCUCGCUUCUCAUCUUAUAUUACAUGAAUGAAUAUGUCUACUCCACCACUAAUUCAUUUUCUUUUUAUUUUAAUUAAUCUCUAUUUAUCGAUCUAAUUCGUAUGCGGAAACUGCAUGCGCAUUCUCAAUUUCUUAAUCCCCGUUCCAACACUAUGUA